AUGCCAGGAAAGAUUCAGCGGAAUUCUUGUGUGGAAAAGCAGCCUGCUGGAGGUCCAAGCAACAUCACGUUCAGUGAGGAUCCUGUAACGAAGACAACAAAGAAAAUUCACAACCAGAAGUUCCAAGAGCUGACAGGCAAUAACAUCUUUAACGAGGAUGCUCCCCCUGGCUCAGCCGACAAGUCUCUGAGCUCAGCAAAGCUUAAGGAGAUGAGCGGCAAUGACAUCUUCUCUGAUGGAAAGGCGUCUUCGCGAGACUACCUCGGCGGUGUCCGGAAGCCACCUGGUGGCGAAAGCAGCAUUGCACUCAUCUUGGAAAAGCAACCUGCUGGAGGUCCAAGCAACAUCACGUUCAGUGAGGAUCCUGUAACGAAGACAGCAAAGAAAAUUCACAACCAGAAGUUCCAAGAGCUGACAGGCAAUAACAUCUUUAACGAGGAUGCUCCCCCUGGCUCAGCCGACAAGUCUCUGAGCUCAGCAAAGCUUAAGGAGAUGAGCGGCAAUGACAUCUUCUCUGAUGGAAAGGCGUCUUCGCGAGACUACCUCGGCGGUGUCCGGAAGCCACCUGGUGGCGAAAGCAGCAUUGCACUCAUCUAAUUAUGGUAGACUGCUCUAGUCGGGACUGGCUAGUACGUCCUCAUUUCAGGUGCUCUCCUUGGCCUUCCCGGGUCUAGAUGAUGCUUUGAGAUCUGAAUUAUGUUGGAUAUCUUAGCCCUAAUAUAAUGUAGAGUCAGCAGGAUCUGACUCGGCUCAUGUCAUGUACGCCUGUGCGUGAUCUCAUCCUUGUUUUGUGGUACUUAUGUAUUAAUCUCUUUGUACUGAGAACCUGCGCAAUAAGCUUUUUAUGGACUCAUUCAGUAUCAUUGACAAGGCAAUUUGCAACUCUUUUAUCAGCUAUGCCAGGAAAGAUUCAGCGGAAUUCUUGUGGUAACACCUGUGAUGAAACCUUCUCGCUGUAUUAACCUUUCUUGUGGUGAA